AUGGGUUCAAAAACAUCAUGGUCAAUGGUGGCAGUAGCAAUAAUGGCAUUAAGUGUGGUUGCAAUGCUUGAUGGUAGCAUGGCGCAAUCCUUCUGCAACACGUCACUUGCAGAGUUGUUCAAGUGUAAGCCUGCCGUGACGCCGCCAAAUCCUCCGGCGCCGACGCAAGAGUGCUGCGCGGUGGUGGCAAAGGCGGAGAUCGAUCUAAACCUCGCCUUUCAGCUCCCUGCAAAGUGUAACCUUUAUCUCCCAUCUCAUUGUUAA